AUGCUGGCGGUGUUCGAUCCCACGGUGGCCAAGUGCCCGGAGGGCCUCCGCAGCCCGCCGGUCGCCGGAGCGGCCGCUGCAGCAGGCGGAGCCGGCGCGGGCGCGCUGAUGAAGGGCUUCUCCGACUCGCACGACGGCGCCGUCACCGUCAGCCUGGGCCCCUCCGGUGCGCUGGCCUACUCGGCGGCCAACCAGAGCCCCCUCGUCCCAAGGUUGUUUGGUGCUGUGAAUGACAUCUUCUGCCUGUUCCAAGGGCACAUUGAGAACAUUGCCAACCUGAAGCAGCAUUAUGGCUUGAGCAAGACUGCGAAUGAGGUGACUAUCCUCAUAGAGGCCUACAGGACCCUGAGGGACAGGGGUCCUGUCCCAGCCAGCCAGGUUGUGAGAGACCUCGGUGGGAAGUUCGCGUUCAUCCUGUAUGACACCCUGUCGAAGUCCACCUUUGUCGCUGCUGAUGCUGAUGGCAGCAUCCCUUUCUUCUGGGGUGUCGACUCCGAGAACCACCUUGUGUUUUCUGACGAUGCUGGGCUCCUCAAGACAGGCUGCGGCAACUCGUAUGCGCCAUUCCCCAAAGGUUGCUUCUACACCACCUCCGGUGGGCUGCAGAGCUUCGAGCACCCGCUGCACGAGGUCAAGGCGGUGCCACGCGUGGACAGCCAAGGCCAGAUGUGCGGCUCCACCUUCAAGGUCGACAGCGAGAGCAAGAAGAAGCAGGACGCUAGCAUCCCCCGCGUGGGCAGUGCCGCCGACUGGUCCAACCAGUUCUGA